AUGGGUUUCUUGAAGGAUGUCAGCUUUGCUGUUGAGCUGGACAGCAGCGUGCCGCUCAAGACCAAGAACGCGCUAAAGAGCACCAUCGUUGCGCACGGUGGCAAACUCGCCUACAUAAUCAACAAAAAGACCAAUUUUCUGGUGACAACACGAGCACUGGCGGACGGGCAGUCCUACUCGUCCAAGGUUCUCGGCGCGCUCAAGCACGGCGUGCCCAUCGUAGAUGUCGCGUUCGUGCAUGCCUGCGUGGAGGCCAAUGCCCAAGUCUCCUGCCUGCCCUUUCUUCUGGCCUCUGCGCAGGCCAAGAACAUCAAGCAGGAGAAAUGUACAGAUAUCAAUACCAUCUGGGUGCCCAGCUCCAAGGCCAAGCCCAGCGUCUUGCAAGUGCCGCCGCUGGUAGAAGCGUGGCGCUACAAGACCAAGCAAAAAGGCGCGCCCCAAUGGCCGGAGGACUCCUACGAGAUCGCCAAGUGCGAUGUACUUCAGUGCGCGAACCAGUUCUUCGCGCUCGAGCUGCACGUGGCCACGCACGCGAAGCCAGCUGCUGCUGCGGAGGACCAGGAAUCGCUGCAGACGGCCGGCGCCGCCACCUCGUACAGGGUCUUCACCCACCAGGGCGUGCUGAGCGAUACGACGGGCGGUGUGAGGGAGUGCAGAUAUGUGAACCGCGUGGAGGAGGCCGAGACGCUCUACGCCUCGCUCUACACGAAGCUGGUGCGCACCAACGCGGGCUACGUCAAGUCGCGCGUGGUGGCGGCCGAGUGCCGCAUCGGGUCGGACAGGGCCAUCAAGGACCGCGAGAACACCGCGGCCAACGCGCUUCCGGCCAAGGUCCAGGCGCUGGUGGAGCUCAUGUACAAGGAGGCCAACAGCCGGCUCUUCAACUCCAUCAACGACUACUACAUCGGCAAGCUCAGCCUGGCGCAGCUUGAGAAGGCCGAAGCCAUCCUUCUGCAGCUGGUCGACACCAUCAACGCCAAGGCCAAAAGCAAGACCGACGGCGCGAAGCCCGCCUCGACGUGGGCGUGGGACGACGAAGACAACAAAAAGGAGGACUCCAAGGCUGCGGUCGCCGGCGAGGCCAAUCAGGAAGACCAGGUGGAGAAACUAUCCGCCGAGUUCUACGAUGCGAUCAAGGAGAAGGAGCAGCCGGUCCUCUCAUCAAUCGAAGCCGUCGCCGAGAAGCUGGAGCUCGUGCAGCUCAUGAAGGACAUGAUCAAGGUGGACGAGGUGAGCGGAGGCGACCUCCGAUUUGCCGAAGUGGGAAUGAAGUACCGGGCGCUGCGCACCAACAUCUCGCCUAUGAGUCCGUUCUCGUCUCAGUUCCAGGAAUUGAAGCACACCAUCGAGUCUACAAGGAUCAAGGGGCCCGAGAUCGAGGUGAAGAACAUCUUCGAGGUGUGUAGGAUCGUCGAGCGAGAGAACUUCGCGGCCGACCUACCCAACCGCCGCCUCCUCUUUCAUGGCUCUCCGGCUUCGAACCUCCUCGGCCUGCUCUCUCGAGGGCUGUUGCCUCCUGCGGUGAUUGCAGCGCACGGCGUGAGCAGACGCGACGUGGGGAUGCUCGGCGCAGGUCUCUAUUUCGGUGACGCGUCAUCCACGGCGUCCCAGUACGCCUCGCCUUCGUCUGAGGGCUCCCGCUUCAUGCUGCUCUGCGAGGUGGCUCUGGGCAAGUCGGCCGCGCUGACCAAGAUCGACACCAGCCUGACCGCCCCGCCUGCCGGCUACGACAGCGUGCACGGAGUCAGGCGCACCUCCACCAAGGCGACUGACUUUGAGGACGAUGAGUUCGUGGUCUUCGCCUCCAAGCAGCAGUACAUCUCGCAUCUCGUCGAGUUCACCAUCAAGCAAGACCACGGGAUCUAUCACGCUGCCCGGCCCGCGCUGGCGCCCGAUGCCCAGCGCGCCGAUGCCGUCGGAUUCGGCCAGCAACUGCUCGAGCCGCUCCUCAAGGACGUCCAGUCGCUGUUGGACGAAACGGAGGCGGACUCUCCCAUUGCUGCUGCUGCUGCUCCUAAGCCCACCGAGUCGGGCCUGCUCGCCAAGCACGGCGGCAGCGACGUCGAGGUCCCGCUGAAGGCCGUCCACAUCAAGGCAUCCCUGCUCGAUAUGAUCGGCCGGGUGGUGGUCAUGCAGCACUACAGGAACGACUCUGAGCACGCCAUCGAAGCCAAAUAUGUCUCCCCGUUGGACGAGUUGGGUGCGGUGUGCGGCUUCGAGGCCUUCAUCAACGGCAAGCACAUCAUCGGCGAGGUCAAGGAAAAGGAGAAGGCCCAUAAGGAAUACCAGCAGGCGGUCAGCGAGGGCCAUGGUGCCUAUCUCAUGGAUGAGGAAAAGCCGGAGGUGUUCACCGUGAGCGUGGGCAAUCUCCCGCCGAAGUGCGACGCCCUCAUCAAAAUCACCUACGUCACCGAAUUGGAGGUCGACGGAGACAACAUCGUCUUCCGCUUGCCGGCCAGCGUCUCGGCCCAGCAACAGAAGAGUGCGGCUGCGCAGACCACCCAAACGACCACGGAGACCGUAAGCGUGGAGGCCACCAACGCCCGAUUCGGGCUCCAGAUCGGGAUCGACAUGCCCUACGAGAUCCUGCGCAUCGCCAGUCCCUCCCACGGGCAUCUGCUGCGGCUCAAGCAAACCGCCACCAAGGCAACGGUCCAGCUCAAGCCCGAUGCAUCGCUCCAGGGAAAGCAGUUCGUUCUGCUGGUGGCCCUCGAGAAGGCCAACGAGCCCCGCAUGUGGAUCGAGGUGAACCCGCAGACCCAUACCCAGGCGGCCAUGCUGAACAAUCAAUCUCCCCUCCCGGGCGCGGUGCACCUCAAGGUGGCCUUCUACCCGCGCUUCGAGUACAAGGCCAGCCGCGACGAGGAGCGUGAGUUCAUCCUCGUCGUGGAUUGCUCGUCGUCGAUGAAGGGUGACACGCUGGAGGAUAUGAAGCGCGCUGUCAUCGCCAGCCUGGAUCUGUUGCCCAAGGGCACGGCGCACAAUUACCGCUUCAACAUCUACGUGUUCGGGUCCGGCUUCGAGAGCCUCUUCGCGGCGGACUUGGGCGGAACCGAUCUGUUCGCUCCGCUGCGCGCGCUCCACCUGCUCAGCGGCGCCGGCGCGAGCGCUACUGCCCACACCAAGCCCCCGCGCAACGUGUUCCUCUUCAGCGAUGGUCAGAUCAAUGACGAGGAGCACGUCGCGCACGCCAUCGCUCAGCACCGCCAGCGCCUGCGGCUGUUCACAUUCGGCUUCGGCGCGAACGCCAGUCGCCACACGCUCCGCACGCUGGCUCGGGUGGGCGCGGGAGCGCACGAGUUCAUGGAGGCCGGCGCGCUGCCCAACCGCAGCAAGAUCGAGCGCCAGUUCAAACGCGCCCUCCAGCCCUCCCUUUCCAACAUCUCCGUGAAAUGGAUCACGGAGCACGCCGAGCGGAUUCAGCAGGCACCCAAGGAAACGAGUUCGCUGUUCAACGGCGAGAGGAAGAUGGUCUACAGCUUCAUCGACAACUGCACCCAGGCGUUCCUGCAUGCCCACAACGGUGAGCAGGAGAUCGAGACGCGGGUGAGCACGAGCGAGCUGUGCUUCACCAAGGGCCACCUGCUGCACACGCUGGUGGCCAAGGCCCUGAUCAACCAGUUCAAGGACGGCAACUACGACGCCAACAAGACCAAGCACAACCACGAACGGCGGCGCAUCCAGCAGGACAUCAUCGACCUCUCCAAGCGCUACUCGAUCAUCACCGAGUUCACCUCCUUCGUGGCGGUUGAGAAGCGCAAGCCGGGUGAGGAACAGAAGGUGGGUCCGUCGAUCGACGAGCUCGUUGCUCGGGAGAAGGUGGACGAGCUAGCCUACAUGGCUUGGGACGAGCAGUCGGGAGCCGGCGCCGACUCUGCCAGCCCAGUCGCAGUCAUCGCCGAUGCCGACCAGCUGCCCACCACGUCCGACAUCGGGGUGUGCCCCCUGGUGACAGACGACGAGGAGCGGGAGCGGAUGGUCUAUUUCCACGCCACGGUGGACGCCGCCGACAACAAGCUGGGCGGAAAGCCCGUGGCUGUGGGCCUGGCGAAGGACAAGCUGGUCUUGGUCGACCCCGUCACGCACGAAAUCCUGGAGGAGUAUACCGCCGUCAGCCAGACGAAUUGUGAUUCGCCCCAGGCCGACAGACUUAUGCUCGGCUUCAGGACCCGGUCCGGACCGUUGGUCCUCAAGACGACGGAGGGCAAACAGAUCGUGGGACUUCUGCCGCCACGUUCGGCGAUCGAGCAAGGGGUGCUGACGCAGAUCGGAGAAAUCCUGCCCCGAAUCGAGGGCCAGGUGCACCGCGACGAAGACGAAAGCGAAAACGACAACGCGAAGGAGGAAGAGGAAGAGGAAGAGAGCGAAGACGAAGACGAAGACGAAGACGGGGACGGAGAGGACGGGGGUGUAAGCGAGAGCGAACUCGAAAUCGAGCUUACCAACGAAGAGCCUGCGUUCCUGCGCGGCCUGGCGUGUCCCCGCAAACGCCGGAAGUCUCUCAAGAUCGUGCGCCACCCCGAGGGUUCGAUCCAGCGCGCCGCGCUCACCCAGACGGCGCUCGCCCAGGACAGAAGAGCCGGCGCCAAGGCCUGGGACCUGAGCCAGCCUACAAAUGCUCCAGAAGAGAUCAACAUCGACAACGAUGACAUGGAGCUUGCCUCGGACGGCUCGCUGCCUUCGUCGCCUGCAGAGCCUGAACCAUCCAGGCAGCUGCGCCUGCGAGAGGACACAGCCAAGUAUCUCAAGAACCUCGACGGGGCCAUCUACGAUCCCAAGUCGCGCUCGAUGCGGGACGAAGAAGAAGAGGAGCAAUCGCCGUCGCUGUGCCUCCUCGAUGCCGCGCGCGCGAGCAAGGACGGCGCCGCUGGUCCAAAGUACGGCGCGAAGUACUACGGCAAGUACCUCGAAAAGAAGAUGGAAAAGAAGGGGAAGAAGGUGAGUGAACCGCUUCGUGGCGAGAAGGAGAAGUAUCAGCCGCUGUUCAACAAGGCCGCGGCGAGUGAGGUACUGCAUCGCCAGCAGACGCUCAUGGCGCCCAGCCCUGAUUCCGCGAGCAUCACCGCCGAACUCGCCGACGUCAACGACCUCUUCCGCCAACUCAGCAGCCUUGUCCAGGAGCAAUCGUCUCUCUUCGAUUGUAUUGAAAGCAACAUCGAUUCCAGCGCGGCGUCUGUGACUACGGGCUUGGCCCUGUCUCCCUUCUCCUGGCGUCGCGACCGCUCCAUCAGCCCCUCCGAAGCGGAGGAGCGCGAAAGGCGCCGAUUGGACUGGAACGAGUCGAUCGAACGCGACCGCGACCGCGAUAGCGAUAACGAUAAGAGAAGAAGCCGCAGCCGCAGCCGCAGCCGUUCUCCCAGUCCGCAGCGCGACGCCCCCAGUAUGUCCUUGGGCUCUGUGCUCGGCCCGAGCGGAAGGGGUGGCCGAGGCGGAUUCGGAGGCCGCGGUGGUGGAUUCCGGGGAGCGCUCGGAGCCCGAGGCGGUAGCGAUGCCAGUGGUGGCGGAUUCCGAGGCGGUGGAUUCGGAGGCCGCAGCGACGCCUUCGGAGGUGGUGGAUUCCGGGGCGUGCCCGGAGCACGUGGUGGUGGGUUCCGCGGCGGAUUCGGAGGCCGUGGCGGUGGCGACAUCGGCGGCCGCGGCGGGUUCCAGGGCGGGUUCGGAUUCGGAGGUGUUGGCGCCACCGAAGCUGAGGAGCUCCAGGCUGGCGGAUUCGGAGCCCUUGACACUGCUGGCAGCCCUGGCGAUGAGGCCAUGGGUGGUGGAUUCCGAGGCGGAUUCGGCGGCCGCGGAGGCAGCGGCGGAUUCCGGGGCGCGCUCGGGGCCCGAGGCGGUCGAGGCAGUGGCGACCUCGGCGGCGAGGGUGCACUCCAGGGUGGCCGAGGCGGGUUUGGCUUCGCCCGCGGCCGAGGCGGCGUGCCCGGCACACGCGGCGGAUUCGGAGGCCGUGGCGGCGGAUUCCAAGGCGGGUUCGGAUUUGGAGACGUCGGCACCACCGAAGGUGAGGAGCUCCAGGCUGGCGAGUUCGGAGCCCCUGACGCUGCUGACAGCCCUGGCGAUGAGGCCAUGGGUGGUGGAUUCCGAGGCGGAUUCGGCGGCCGCGGCGGCGGAUUCCGGGGCGCGCUCGGGACCCGAGGCGGUCGAGGCGGUGGCGAUCUCGGCGGCGAGAGUGCGGUCCAGGGUGGCCGAGGCGGGUUUGGCUUCGCCCGCGGCAGAGGCGGCGUGCCCGGCGCACGCGGCGGCGCAAGCCUCGCCUUGGGCGAGGAUGGGUUCCGGGGCGGCCGAGGCGGGUUUGGCUUCGCCCGCAGCCGAGGCGGCGUGCCCGGCGCACGCGGCGGCGCAAGCUUCGCGUUGGGCACAGCAGCAGCACCAGCUGGCGCGCCGGUGGCGAGUGGCGAAGCCGCCAUCGCUCCUGCCCUGGCGGCGCCUGCCAUCAAGGCGCUGGCCUUCAAGCAGCCAUUGGCGCCCCUGGUCGUGGCUUCGUCCCAUUCCUACUCGCCCACGUCGCCGACCUACUCCCCUUCGUCGCCGCGCUACUCACCCACGUCGCCCAGCUACUCGCCGACAUCACCGACUUACGCCCCCUCGUCGCCAACCUAUGCGCCCUCGUCACCGUCUUACUCCCCUACGUCGCCGACUUACGCGCCCUCAUCGCCGAUCUAUUCGCCGACAUCGCCGACUUACGCGCCCUCGUCGCCGACUUACUCCCCCACGUCGCCGACUCACGCGCCCUCGGCGGUCGCUUCUUCGUUCGGCUUCUCGACAUUCGGCGCGCUGGCUGCUGCGGCCACCACCACGAAGCCAACUGCGACAGGCUUCAGCUUCGGCAGUGGAACGACGACCUCCACCCCCAGCGGCAGCGGCGGUGGCAGCGCCUUCGGCUCAGCUGCGCCCUGGGGCGCAUUCGGUGGCGCAACUGUGGCAACCUCCACCACAGGCAGCUCGUUCGGCUCGCCUGCGCCCUGGGGCGCAUUCGGUGGCGCAGCUGCGGCCACGACUACCACCGCGAUGCAGCAGUCGCAGUUCAGUUUCGGUUCCGCCCAAGGGUUCGGCGCGUUCGGCGGCGGAUCGGCUGUAGCGCCGGCGCAAGCGGCCGAGCCCCCGAAGCCGCAGAGCAUCCUUGCGCAGCCAACCAGCGUCUCAGUACCGGUCGCGGCCCGCGCAGGCACCGGCGUUGACUCGCAGACGACGAGGCGGCGACGCAACCGGGACUUCGCCAGGAAAACCGAUGCCACGCCCGCCGAGCGCGAGAAGGGGGCGAUGACCAAGGACUCCUCGUUUGUGACCGUGUUCGGCCUCGUUGCCGAGAAGUCGCCCAGCGCUCUGCGCGACCGUUCGCUCACACACGUGCUCAAGGGACCGAUUCAACAUGCGGAGGGUGGCACUUGCUGGCUCGAUGCCGUGCUGGGGCUGGGUCUCGCCCUCACGCCGCUGACCGCUUGGCCGUCCCAUGUGUGGACCCAGUUCGAGGAGAAGGGGGGCUUCGAGUUCGGGUUGGCCCACAGCGUGGUGGAUGCCUUCCUGUACCUCCUCCAGGAGACCCACCACUGGCUGUCGCUCGUCAUGCCCGCCUCGGCCCUGUGGGCCAUCGUGCCCGUCGCCAACUCCGACGAGAUUCGAGAGUAUCUGGCGAUGGAGCAGACGGAGCUGGCUGCGUUCGUGGUGUUCGUCAAUCCGAUGUGCUUCGCGAUACCCGAGGACCUGCGCCAGCACGGCGACAGCGUGCUGCACGCGUGGAUCGCAUUCGAGGAAAUCGGCAUGAUCGGCGAGACGGAGAUCAACCACUUCACCUGCAUUGGACUCGAGCCUCAGCGCAAAGGGUACACGAUCUACGACGAUCUGCUUACUAUCGCGCCGGGCGGGUGGCAAGGCGGCUUCGUGCCGGCCGAGGACAAGUGCUACGCGCCCAACAUGAAGGCCUUCACCCAGCGCGUGCCCAUCGCCGUCUACAGGCGCGGCGACAGCCCCACCUCGCGGCCCAGCUCUGCCGAGGACGAGACCAAGGAGAGCCAAAAAAGCGCGGGCGGCCCCCGGCAAAGCGAGCGCCUGCGGAAGAUGCGCUUGGCCGACCUGAGCCUGGACUAG